AUUAAAGAGUGAUUGGAGGGAAAAUAAAAUAAGGUCAACAACCGAAUAUCAAGCAUAUCCUUUAAAACAUCAAAGGGUAGACCAAGAUCUGCUGCCUAAGAAUAAUGCAAAGGAUUUUGGUUGGAAUAUUGAAUAUAAGAACGACCAAACUUUGUGUAUUAAGGAAGAAAUUAUCGAAAUUGAACAUAACAUUCACGAAUCUUUGGAAAUGAAGAAAAAUAUUUUCGAAGAUAAAAAAAAGAUUAAGUCGAAAAAAAGAAGGAAAAGACUAAAUAGAAAAUAUCAGGCAUAUUCUUUCGAACACCAGAGGCAAGACGAACAUCUACUGCCUAAGACUAAUGUAAAGGAUUUUGCUUGCAAAAUUAAGUAUAAUGUUGAUGAUACUUUAGAAAUCAAGGAAGAAAGUAUUGAAGACGAUGGAAGUUUACCGAGUAGAGAGAUAAAUUUAGGCGAUAAUCGAAAAUAUCAAUCAAUAGUGUUGAGAUCGCAUCUGGGAAAAACAAAACGGAAAGUUCAAGAAUCAAAUGUGAAACCAGAACAGAAGUACACAUGCGAAAAGUGUGCUCGAACCUAUAAAAGUAAACGUAGUUUGUGUUAUCAUCAAAAGUUUGGAUGCGAUGUCACGCCAGCAUUUAUUUGUAAAUUCUGCGAAAGACGAUUCAAGAUGAAAUGUAGCAUGACUAGACAUAUAAGUCUGGUUCAUCUUAAAACAAACUCAAAACCAUCACAAGCCAGGUUUAAGUGUGAAAAAUGUUGUCGAAGUUACACUGCAAAAUGCUCUUUAACUCGGCACAAGCGUGAUCACCACGAAACCAUUGGACGACGCUAUACUUGCGAUAUUUGUGGUUAUAAAGCUGUAGAAAAAGUUCACAUGUCAAGCCAUAUGAUUGCACGUCAUCUUAAGUAAUUUAAUUGUGUUCAGUAAAGCUUAGACCGUUUAAACUUCAGAAAACAAUUUUUGGUGUAUCACAUUAAAUGUGUCUAUACCUUAUCUAGCAAGUACUACUACUAAAUCAGUAUUAUAAAGUAUUGUAACACGAAAGAUACUCGAGGAUUGUGUUUUAAGGAAAAUAAAAUACCCGAACAUAUAUGAAACAUGUAAAUGAUUUUAAAAUAAAGAAUUCAGUAUAAA